GCCGUCAUGCGGCUCGGCUCGCCAUGUUCUCACUUAUACUCCUUCCCGCAUCCGCGCGGGGCCGGUUGACCAGAGUCGGUCCUCUUUCUUCGGUCCCAACGCCCUGGGAAGCCUACGAUGCAUGGCGUGCUCCGGUUGAGAUCUCGGUUGACAUCGAAUCCUGAACGGCGGGAACCAACCGCGGCUCUCACGGCUUUCCCUCCCGUUGAGAUCACCAGCACUAUCUUGACGAUAGCCGUCAGCCCGUGUUGUGGACCGCAGACGAAGGCGCCAUCUGUUGAACCUAGCAACGUCUCGUCCGGCUCCACGUCUGAUUCCAGGCAAACCCCGACUCCUACCCCGUCCGGCCGGUCACUCCCCGCAGUCGCAAUCCUAGCUAUCACUAUAGGUGGAGCUCUGUUCGUCUUCGGUGCAUUCUGCCUUCUCUUCGCCUUCCGUCGCCGGGCGAGAAAGUGUAGGAAAGUAGCUACAAUGUAUCCCGAUACGGGAGGGUAUCGCACCGCGCAGGCUAUCAGACCGGAUACUCCGCCAACCCGUCCCUCGUCACCAUCGGGAUCAUCCUCCCUCUCUACGCAGGCGUUGCUCGAUCUAGGAUUCAGUCCAGACGCCGAUGAACCUGUAUGCCUCCCCCAGCAGGCUCAACAUCAGGCCAGGACCCAGACACCCGUGGACCGUCGAAGCGUCGAUACACUAUUUGCGCUCCGCUAUUACUACAACCAUGAGGCCAGCCGCCAUUUACUUGUCUCGUCUCCCGCAGAGCUGCCCGCAACACCCCUUGUUCGACCAGUUCCGGCUCCACUCCCUACACCGCCGCCAUCAACAUCACCCACCCCAAACCGACGUCCAUUUCCAAAACGAACGUCCUCCCGAAGGAGGGAAGGAGUGUACCUCAACCCGGCGGGCGAGCCAUGGGUUAAUGUCCCGCCUCCCGCGAUACCGUUGCCGGCACCCCCUGCGACAGCACCGAAGUCCGCUCCCCGACCUCCUCAAAGCCGUCCACAGCCUAGGUUCUCGCUGUUCCCCCCUCCGUCCAAGCCCCCCAUGAUACCAUCGCUUCGGCCGCCACACAGACUCGGCCGGAGUCAAGCUUCGGUUCCAUCUACCCGUCCGGAGCAGCGCCAAGCAAGUAAACACCAGAGCCAAGGACGGGCGCAACAAGAACAAGGGAGACAGAAACGGAACUUUUCUCGGCCGACCCCGAUCAGCACCUGCCCGGCAAACAUCCCAUUACCGACUCGCGCUCCGGCAAGUGCGCCGGCUUCCAGCUCUGGCUCCGGUUCCGGAUCCAAACUGAAGGAGGAGGGCCUUCCCAAGAGCGGAACCCCGUCUUUGGCGGCGGCUGCAGUUGUAACUGCGUACUCCCCACCGCCACUUGACCCGCCGGCCUCGAGUUCACGGAAGUCAUUGCCAUCUCGGCUUUGGAGUUGGGGGUGGGGAAACGAGACAGCGAUGGGGCGUGGAAUGGGGACGGCGUGGGUAGGGCGGUGGUCGCCUGAUCUUCAUGCUGCGAACCAGGAAGGCUGAGAAGGGACAGACCCCAUGAACCUAGAUCAGGGCUGGGAGUUGCAUUCUGGUGGGUUGUAGUAUGUAUAUUCGUGAUGACUGCGAUGAUCAGUACAUGGGGUACACUAUGGUUAAUGAAGCAAUGCAUAGAUGUAUGACUGAUGAAUAAGAGUAUGUAUGGGUCAGGGAAGGGUUGCACUCACGGUUACAGUUAUGACCUUAACUUGAAGCGUCACGGUACAUACAGGGGGGUACUGGGUAGGGGAGGGGUGCAAGAUCCGGAUUAACGGCGCCAGAUUCAGUUGAAUCUGAGCACAUAUGACUACCUCUCCCAUUCCGUCCCUGCUAGAUACAUAGAUCUAAGUGCCUAUCAUACUUCUCCUCAUGAACUGCAUCAAAGCAACUGAACGACUUCCUCAUGCUUUGAAACGAAACUGUUCGGUAUGUGUGUAAUCCGUAGUCCGUACGUGGCUACGGAAUAAGGUUGUA